AUGGCAUUCCAGAAUUUCUACUUUACCUUCAUCCACACAACAAACGUUGGAAGAUUUGUCUACUGGGCCCGAAAUCAUCCUUCCACGCAAACAUUCUGGUCCAUGCAAUCUGUCCCUUUGAUGCGAGCUACAUGUAGACUCGGUCGACCUUUGUUGUGGAGAAGAAUUGCUCGUCCAAGUCGAAAGAAUCUUCGGUCCACAUGCGUUCCCACGGGCCUUCGUACUCUGGUGACUGAGUCCGGCGACUCUGCGAAUGCCUCCUUCGUUGGCACGGUGCCUGAGACCCUACAGACGGCGUCCCAAAACACUCCGGCCUCGCGAUCAUCCCUACAGAAGAAUGCCAUUCUCACCUCGAGAAGGCUUCCGGUGUCUUGCCCUGGCUGCGGCGCCUUGACACAAGACGUAGAACCUCGAGAGGCGGGCUACUAUUCACGCUCGAGGAAGGCGGUGAGGACGUAUCUGCGGGAAUCUGAGCGCAGAGGGCAGUCCAAGGAUGGAGAAAAAGGCGCAGAGGCAGACGCGACGGAUGACGAGAGUGGCGAGGACGUGAAUCAAGGGCAUGCAGAUGAGACGCGAGAAAUACAACAUCCUCUACUCCCUCCAAUGUGCGACCGGUGUCAUACCUUGAUCCACGAAUCUCGUGGACAGCCCAUUGCACAUCCCUCGAUUGAAAACAUCGCAGACUCGAUUGCCGAAUCCCCAUUCUCCAAAAACCACGUCUACCAUGUCAUGGACGUGGCGGAUUUUCCAAUGUCAUGCGUACCGUCCAUCUACAAGCAGCUGUCUCUGGCCAAACCUAGAAGCCAAAACCGUCGAUCACAACAUUCGUUCUCUUCCAAGCCCUCUCUGUCGUUCAUCAUCACGCGAUCGGAUUUGCUGGGGCCUUCGAAAGAAAUGGUGGACCGAUUGAUGCCCAAGUUCAUUGCCAUCCUCCGAACUGCCUUGAGUCGCACGGGACAAAAUUUGAGACUCGGGAAUGUCCACCUUGUCUCUGCGAAACGGGGGUGGUGGACCAAGGACAUCAAGGAGAGUAUCUGGCAACGAGGAGGUGGGAACUGGCUCGUCGGGAAGUUCAAUGUCGGGAAGUCGAACCUCUUUGAAGUUUUGUUCCCGAAAGGAUCGUCUGGUCAUGAUUCCGUCCACGACGAACUGCGUCGACGACGAGAGGCAAAGGCCGACGACUUCUUGUCGGUCGACGGCCUUCUGCCUCCGCCUCAACCUGAAGUGCCGUUCCCGGCCAUGCCUGUAGUUUCUAGCCUGCCCGGAACGACCGCGUCGCCCAUCCGACUUCCUUUCGGCGACAACAAAGGAGAACUCAUUGACUUGCCUGGUCUAGAACGGAGCGGCCUGGACAAGUACGUCAAGGACGAAGACAAGCUGGACUUGGUCAUGACCCAUCGGCCGACAGUCACCCAACACAACAUCAAGCCUGGCCAGUCCCUACUUCUCGGAGGUGGCCUGGUCCGCAUAACGCCCCUUCUGGACGAGAACGACCCCAGUACGAUCAUGAUGGCGUACGCGUUCGUUCCGUUGAAAUCGCAUGUCACGGCCACUGAAAAGGCACUGAGCACACAGCAGCAGGAACGUGAGAGUGGAAUCGAGUCUAUUCUGGCAGAGGAUGCCGGACCUCACAUGGCUUCGGCUGGCAGAUUUGAGCUCAAAACUAACGUGACGAAAUCAAGGGCUGGUGCGGUCAUCAGGGCAGGUGUCGAUCCAGCAAAACUGCCCUUCCAGGUGUACGCGACGGACAUCCUCGUUGAAGGUGUUGGCUGGGUUGAGCUGGUGUGUCAGGUCAGGAAGAAGCCACGAGCUCCUCCACCGACGGGUUUACCGGACGAAACGACUGGUGAGGCGAUGAAUGAAAGAGACGUCCCUACUUCUGACGAUUUGUCCAUUGGAUCUACUGGGUUCGUGCCUUUCAGUGCUUCAAUCUCAAAGGGAGGUGCUUCCGACAGGCCGGGUUACCCUCGAGUUGAAAUCUUCACACCGGAAGGCAGAUUUAUUGGCCAGAGGGAAUGUCUAGAUGUGUGGCAGAUGUGGAACACAGGGAAGCCUCGCAAGGACACACGCGCCGCUCGCCCACGGAAACCCAUGAGUGGUGCGAAAAAACGAGCGAAGACGGCUCGACGCUCUGCGGCGUAG